UCUCAUUCUUUCAGUAACCUGUUCUCUCUACAGUAACACAUUUGUAUUCCUGAUUGAAUAAUUGUCAAUGAAAAUUUUAAUUUUUUUCAUUUUAUAAAUAUGGCAUCAGUAUCUGUUCAAAAAUCACCAAAAACUUUAUCAAAACAAGAAUUAUUAUCAGUGAUCAUAAAAUCUAUUAAUUUUGCAGCUUUAAAACAUAAAGAUCAACGACGACACGAUUUAGAAGCAACUCCGUACAUUAAUCAUCCAAUAGGUGUUGCAAAUAUUUUAAUUCAGGAAGGUGAAAUUUAUGAUCCAGUUGUAAUUGUUGCUGCUAUUCUGCAUGAUACAGUUGAAGAUACUGAGACAACUAUUGAAGAAAUUGAAAAUGAAUUUGGUUCAGAAGUAAAACAAGUUGUAUUAGAAGUAACUGAUGAUAAAUCUUUACCGAAACAAGAACGGAAACGUUUACAAAUAGAACAUACUCCUCAUAUUACUUACGAAGCUAAAUUAGUUAAAUUAGCUGAUAAAAUUUACAAUCUACGAGAUCUUCUGAGGCAAACUCCAAUUGGCUGGACACCUCAAAGAGUUGAUCAAUAUUUUCUGUGGGCUAAAGCUGUUAUUGAUGGCUGCCGAGGUACUAAUGAGAAAUUAGAAAAAGCAUUUGAUGUGAUUAUUACAGAAAAAGAAAAAACUACUUAAAAUCAUAUUUUAUUUUUAAUAAAAAUGUUUAUUAUUUUUCAAUAAAAUAAAAAUAUUAAUA